AUGGGUUCCUGCCCAAGCUGGUGGGACAAUGGUGGUCCACAGCAGGAUGCUGGGGAGGCUGCUGGAGCACAGCCCUGGGCUUGGCCGGUCCUGCGCUCUGCCAGAGCUGCUGGCAGCAAAGCAAAGAAUGCCCAGGACAUGGCUUUGCAGAUGGCUGAUGCAGGUGAAAAAGUUUUCAGGAAUGAGAGAAGGCCUACAAAUUUUGAUAAAAAGGUGCUAAUAUGGUCAGGAUGCCUUAAAAAAGAGGACAUUUCAAGACACAUACCAAAGUCUGAGGUACGCUACACUGCAAGGAACAUUCUCAGCAUAAAGGUUUGCUACAUCAUGAUUGCACUGACUGUGCUGGGCUGUGUGACCAUGAUCAGCACUGGCAGAGAAAUGAGUACUGCUUCUGGGGGAACUGGUUCACUUAACGCUGGGAAGAAGGGUCAGAUGCUGUUGAGGGUGAAAGCAGAAAAGAAGGCCAAAUGGGGGGCUGAAGUGGAGAAAGGUCAGGAGACAGCUGUUGGGAAGUCACAAUGA